AUGGCGAUUGAUGUCAUGCGCAGAGGCGAAGAAUCGAAAACGAGGCAGCAGGCUUCAAGAUUUGCAUCUUGUCGUCCCCGGACAAUCACGGAUUCGUAUCAUACUUCCAUCCUAACUCUUUUUUGCGUCAGUUCUCUGGUUUUGCAUAUUUUUCUUUCUUUAUUUCUUUAUUUCUUUUUUAUUUCUUUUUUCUUUCUUUCUUUUUUCUUUCUUUCCUUUUUUCUUUCUUUUUUUGUCCGUGAUUGCAUUCUUCACCCUAAUUAUUCAUUAUUUUAUCUGCCUUUCUUUCUUUAUGUUGAUUUUCUUUUUUUUUCAAAUCGUUUCUCUUUCUUUCUUAACAUUUUUCUUACUUUUUCUCCUAACACGUCUGUCUUUCCUUUUUCCAUUCUUUCUUUCACGUUAUUCUUUGUUAAUAUUUUUCUUACUUUUUCUUCUAACACGUUUUACUUUCUUUCUUUCUUUUUUCUUUCUUUCUUUCUUUCUUUCUUUCUUUCUUUCUUUCUUUCUCCACCUUUUCUUUCUUUCUUUCUUUCUUUCUUUCUUUCUUUCUUUUUCUUAUUUAUUACUGCUCCCUGUUCUUUCUUUCUUGCUUGCUUUUUUAUCUCUUUCUUUCUCCUUUCUUUCUUUCUUUCUUUCUUUCUUUCUUUCUUUCUUUCUUUCUGUGUUUCUUUCUCCUUUCUUUCUUUCUUCUUUCUUUCAUAUCACUCUUAA